CUUAAGUGACUUUUGAAAUAGAUACUACCAAGAUCAGAUCUCAGAGCAAACAUGACCACUGAAUUGACCGUUCAAUCUGAAAAGGCUUUCCAAAAGCAACCACACAUCUUCACCAACCCAAAGGCCAAGGCUACCAGAAGAACCAAGAGAUGGUACAAAGACGCUGGUUUGGGUUUCAAGACCCCAAAGUCUGCUAUUGAAGGUACCUACAUUGACAAGAAGUGUCCAUUCGUCGGUACCGUCUCUAUCAGAGGUAAGAUCUUAUCUGGUCUUGUUGUCUCCACCAAGAUGCACAGAACCAUCAUCAUCAGAAGAGAAUACUUGCACUACAUUCCAAAGUACAACAGAUACGAAAAGAGACACAAGAACUUGGCUGCUCACGUCUCCCCAGCUUUCAGAGUCCAAGAAGGUGACCACGUUACUGUCGGUCAAUGUAGACCACUUUCCAAGACCGUUAGAUUCAACGUUGUUAAGGUUGCCGCUGCUGCCGGUAAAUCUAAGGGUUUCAGCAAAUUCUAAAUUUAGUCUUUUAUAACUAUAUUAUAAAACAUGAAUUAAAAAUAUAACUUUAGCUGUCUAAUAGGUUGCAUAAAUCCACGUUAGCCUUACCCAGCACUUAUAAUCUUCGUCCGUACUUGAAAC